AUGGAUUCAACACGAUCUUUCAGACGUCUUGCGGUCGCUUCGCUCCUUUGUCUUUCUCCCACUCUUGUUUCUACUCAGGCCGAGACCAAGGCCUCCGAGUUGCAGACAUGCUUGACCACCGCUGGUGUUCGGAGUGUCAUCAGCACUGACGCCACCUGGGCCGACGAGACCACCGGUUUCCAGAAACGCAUCAAAGUUGACCCCGCGGCCAUCUCAUUUCCCGAGAACAGCGAUCAAGUCGCGCUUUCUCUCGACUGCGCCCGAAAUGCUUCCACUACUGCUUCACCCCUCGGCGCUGCCCACUCUUUCCAGGGAUACGGCUUCGGAAACCCGGGCAGUCUUGUGAUCAGUAUGGCUGCCUUCAAUUCCGUGUCAUUUGACACGGCUACCAACCGCCUCACUUAUGGCGGUGGUUCCCAUGUCGGGCCUGUCCUCAAAUAUCUCUGGGACAACUACGGUCGUCACUUCCCCCACGUCCGAGGUGCCCACGUUGGGCUUGCCGGCUCUAGCAUCGGUGGUGGCUAUGGGUCCUCUUCCCGCCACCUCGGUACUCCCAUGGACAACCUUGAAUCCGUCGAGUACAUGCUGUACAAUGGCACCAUCGUCAAUGCCUCCAAGGGCUCUGACCUCUUCUGGGCUGCUCAGGGUGCUGGUGCCUCCUUCGGUGUUCUUCUCUCCGUAACUACCAACACUCACAAGCCCCUCUUCGACACCGCCGUGAACUUUACAAUCGCUGCCGGAAACCUUGAGUCUGAUGCCGCUGCCAGAGUCCUUGUCGCUAUUCAGGACUACUCCCUCUCCAAGGAUUGCCCCGACGAACUUGCCCUUCGCUGGAGCUUGUCCGGUCCACCUUACACUGGUACCGGUUACUUCUACGGCAACCCUGCCGAGUUUGAUACAGUCCUUGCCCCUCUCGUCAGCUCCCUUAAGGCUAUAGCUGGCAAUGUCACCGUCCAGAAGACCGAGAUCCCCUUUUGGGACAUGGAAGUUGCCGUUGCUGGUCAGGGCAUGAACCAACCUAACGGCGGCACCCUUGGUGGACGGUCUUUUUAUACUCAAGCCCUCACUACCACCACAGAUCACCCCCUCACCGUUGAACAGGCUAAGAUUCUCUUCGAGAGCACUACCUUGUCCUUCAACCGCACCGACCUCCGCAAGUCCGGCUUCCUCGACCUCUGGGGCGGUGUCUCUCGUGACAUCUCCGACACUGAUACCAGCUACGCUCACGGCAAGAACCUCUGGCUCAUCCGCUGGGAAGCCAACUCAGUAGAUGUCAACAGCUACCCUGCUGAUGGCACUACUUACAUGAAGGGCCUCAUCAAGCCCUUCGAGGAGGCCCUAGUUGCUGGCGGUGCUCCCCUCCGUGGCUUUGUCAACUACGCCGACACUGAACUCUCCGAGGCUGAGUGGUCGUCCCGUCUCUACGGCGCCAACUUUGAUCGUCUUAAGCAACUCAAGACUGUCUAUGACCCGGAGGGUGUCUUUGUCAACCACAAGCAAGCCAUUCCCCUGCCGUAA